AGUGCUACAGAGUUUGAGAUCCGCUUCUUGGACGCUUCUGGAAGGCGCUGCGUCACAACCGGUGGAAUCUCAAGCGUUGUCUUGAGUGGCCGUGAUUGCUCAGUUCACUCGAUCUCUGUCUGGGGAAUAGAACAACCUAUCUGUUAGUGUAUGUGUUUGACAACAAGGGGAGAGCUAGGGUAAUAUCCCACUGAAGACUCAGCACACAAUUCAGAGACCGACAGAGGCCACAAGGAAGAAUUCCAGUCAGCAGUGUUAGAGUGGUUAGAGUGUUAGGAAUAUUUUCUCCAAACUGGACCGCGUCAGGAGUGUGAGAAUAGAUGCUGCUUCUUUUUCUACGGUUUCCCAUGAAGGGCCAACUGUUUGUUACCAGUACAGGCGCCACUGUUUCUCCAGAGCCCGUAGCAGGAGGAAUAAUAACAAUCCUGCCGGAUUUACAGCAUGGUUGUCCUGCAGUCACAAGUUCAGCCACAGCCCCGAAGUGGCUCUGUGGGCAGAGGCACCAGCCAACAGUACGGAUCCAACCUGUCUACAUCUCAACACUCUGGAGGUCCCCAACAUGUUAGCUCUAAUGGGCAUAUUUCACCAGUUAACACCAGUCUCCAUCAUGAGCAACAGGAUUACACUGAGACGGACCUUUUGCUCCCGAAUGAACUCUGUGGUAGGUCAAGGUUUAGUGGAUCUGUGAGCGCAAAGGAUGCAGGUGGCGCUGGUGCACCUGCUGAGUCAGUCUGUUCCAUGGUGCUUCAGAUCCUGGUGCCAUUUCUUCUGGCCGGGCUCGGGACUGUGUCGGCUGGGGUGCUGCUAGAAGUUGUUCAGAACUGGGUCGUGUUCCAAGAAGUCGCCGAGCUCUUCAUCCUGGUGACGGCAAUAUUAGGCAUGAAAGGAAACCUGGAAAUGACUCUGGCCUCGAGACUCUCGACUGCUGUGAAUUCAGGAAAAAUGGAACAUGCCAGAGAAAAGUGGAUGUUGAUCGUUGGGAACCUGGCGCUUAAGCAGCUACAAGCCACAGUGCUCGGCCUGUUAGCCUCUCUGAUGGCGACCGUGUUGGGCUGGAUAGUAGAGGGAGAGAUGCCCUUACACCAUGUGAUGCUCCUGGUUUCAACCAGUGUUUCUACCGCCUUCGUGGCUUCUUUUCUGCAAGGUAUUAUUAUGGUGGGAGUGAUCAUUGGAUCCAAGCGGAUGGGAUUCAACCCUGACAACGUGGCCACACCCAUGGCCGCCAGCUUUGGAGAUCUCAUCACUCUUGCUUUGCUGGCCUGCUUCAGUCGUUGGUUCUACUCCCUUAUAGAUCUGUAUCCCCAUGUGUUGUACCUGGUGGUUCUGUUACUGUUGUGCCUGACUCCUCUUUGGGUGGUCAUCUCGUCCAAACACCCAGCCAGUUGCAUCCUGCUCCGCACAGGCUGGGAACCAAUCAUUACAGCCAUGUUCAUCAGCAGUAUUGGAGGACUUAUUCUGGACAAGACUGUGUCAGAUCCAAACCUGGCAGGAAUCAUAGUUUAUGCUCCAGUCAUAAAUGGUAUUGGAGGAAACCUCGUCUCCAUACAGUCCAGCCGUAUUUCUACUAAACUGCAUUUGAAUUACUCACCCGGGGAGGUUCCUGAGGACCGUAAGGGCUGCUUCAGCCCUUGUCGCACUUUCUUUGGUUCAGGAGCAAACCAUCGAUCUGCUCAGAUUCUGCUUCUCUUGGUGAUCCCUGGUCAGCUGCUCUUCUCACUCACUAUUCACCUGAUGAAAGGAGGCACCACUUUGCCCAGUCCUCUACUGACUGUCGCCUUCUUGUCUGCUUCCCUGAUUCAGGUCUUCUCCUUGCUGUGCUUAGCUGACUGUAUCGUCCACUGUCUCUGGCGGAGGGGUAAAGACCCCGACAGUUACUCCAUACCCUACCUUACCGCCCUCGGAGACCUACUGGGUACUGGUCUCCUCUCUCUUGCCUUUGUCAUGCUGUGGUACAUCGGUGACUUAGGCAGUGUUUAGGUUCAAAGCAAGAAAAGGUUUGAAGAAGAACAAAGGUGUCUAUCUCUUAGCUAGCUAUAAAGUUUCCUGCCUUACUGAAUGCUUACCGAUGUCACUACCUGAUGUGAGUCGAGUGCAGAUGUGUUGCGCAUGCUCAGAUUUAAAUGGUUUAUGCCAUAACUUGCCAUACUGAAAUUUGUGAAAUCAAUAAAACAAUAAACGUCUCUCAUUACCAACAAUAACAGAAUGAUGGGAAACAUUUCAAAAACGUUUUAGCUAUCUAUGAUUGUUUGAUUGCUAACAUUAGCUCCAAAUGCUAUUCAACUGACAGCCUUAGUUGUGUAUGACUGCUAACUGGUAGCCAGCAGUGAACAAACUUCAUGAUGUUGGUCCAUUUUAUUGCAUAGACAGAGUCUUCAGUUGCUUUAAAAAGCCUCAACAGAGACCUGUUGGGGAUUUUCUUUGGUGCCGAUAAAGAAUCAAUAAAAUGAUCAGAGAGACUGAGAUGGUUCAUAAUACCUUUUAUUCAAAGAUUUGAGGAAAAUCUGCAGAGUGAACUGGAGAACAUGAGACAGUGUGCUUUGACUUUGGCACUUUUGUUCCAUGUGUGUUUGAAUAAACCAGCAAAACCCAAGAAACAACUUGUG